AUGCAUCCCAUCCAGAGUCUUAAACGCUCCUGGGCAGUCAUUGCCAUGUCUGAUGAUUCAGCAACUCACCCUGCAACAAAGCAGCAGGAGAGAUUACCUCUGGGCCAGUGCACUCUGGACCAACACCUGAUUAGAUUGCUGAUAACUCAAGUGAGGAAUGAGGGGUCUGUAAUCAGAGAUGGAAUUUCACUUUCCAACUUGGGUCCCACAAAGAAGGGUGGAGAGAAGAAGGGCUGUUCUGCUAUCAACGAGGUAGUGACCAGAGAAUACACAUCACAUUCACAAGUGCAUCUGUGGAGUGGUUUCAAGAAGCAUGCCCCUUGGGCACUUAAAGGGAUCCAGAAAUUUGCCAUGAAGGAGAUGGGAACUCCAGACAUGCACAUUGACACCAGCUUCAACAAAGCUGUCUGGGCCAAAGAAAUAAGGAAUAUUCCAUACCAUAUCCAUGUGCGGUUGUCCCGAAAAUGUAAUGAGGAUGAAGACUCGUCAAACAAGCUCUAUAUGUUAGUUACCUAUGUACCUGUCACCACUUUUGAAAAUUUACAGACCAUGAAUGUGGAUGAGAACUAA